CUCGAACAAAUAAAAUCAUGUUUGGUGCUUUGGAUUCGAUACUUUUAUAUUUAGGUUUAAUUUUGGCGAUAUUAUUUAUAUUGAUAUGUGUAGUAUUAAAGCUCAUAACUACACCUUAUCCAAUUAUUAACAGAUCAGAAAAUGAAAAAUACUAUCUGGAUCCAAAAUCUAAUAAAAAGCACACGUUUCCUACACUUUCUGAUCUGCCUACUGUAAAACUAAGUGUAGUUAUUCCUGCAUACAAUGAACAAGAUCGGUUGCCCCCCAUGUUAGAUGAGUGUCUGGCGCAUUUAAAAUCUAAAUCUGACUCAGAUCCUGAAUUUACAUUUGAAGUAAUUGUUGUCAGUGAUGGUAGCAAAGAUAAUACAGUUAAAGUUGCAACUGAAUACUCAAAUAAAUAUGGUACAGAUGUUUUUAGAGUUUUGGAGUUGGAAAGAAAUAGGGGUAAAGGUGGAGCAGUACGCUUGGGUGUGCAGAGUACAAGAGGAGAGAUGAUUCUGUUUGCAGAUGCUGAUGGGGCUACUAAAUUUUCUGAUUUUGACAAAUUGGAAUCAAUAUUGCAUAUGCUAAAGGAUUCCAAUGACAAAGAGAAUCUUUUAUACAAUCAGUUUGGAAUAGUCAUCGGAUCAAGAGCUCAUCUCCAGCAAGAAUCUAUUGCAACAAGAAGUCUUUUCCGUACUAUUCUGAUGUACGGAUUCCAUUUUUUGGUUUGGCUAUUUGCUGUACGUGACAUCCAUGAUACACAAUGUGGAUUUAAAUUAUUCACAAGACGCACAGCAGAAAUAUGCUUCAGUAAUAUGCAUAUUGAAAGAUGGGCUUUUGAUGUUGAACUCUUGUACAUUGCUCAAAGCAUUGAUGUUCCUGUCUUGGAAACACCUGUUAAUUGGACUGAAAUUGAUGGCUCAAAAGUGGAACCGUUUUCUUCAAGUAUACAAAUGGCAAAAGAUUUGGCUUUGCUGUGGUUGAGAUACAAAAUAGGAGCAUGGAAAAUAAAUUACAAGAAAUUAAAAUAAAUCUGAUUUAAUACACUAUUUUUAUAAAGCUUAUAUG